UGACGUGAACGCGCAUUUCUCUCCUCGUGCCCGAGCGCAACUUCAGCGACUGCAACUUUUUUUUCUCUCUCUCUCAACAAUUUCUAUUGUUUUUUUUAUUCUAUUUACAUUUUUUCUUCAACACGACCACAAUAUGUGGAAAUCUGUGGUGGGUCACAAUGUGAACGUGAAGGUGGCAUCCGGGGGAGACGACUGGGAAACAGAUCCUGAUUUUGAGAAUGACGUGUCGGAGCAGGAACAGAGGUGGGGAUCAAAAACCAUUGAAGGAUCGGGACGCAAAGAGCACAUCAGCGUGGCUGAUCUCAGACAGAAGGUGUCUAAGGAGCAUGAAGUUGUAAAGAAGAAGGAGGCAGAGGGCGGUCCUAAAGCUUCCUAUGGAUAUGGCGGGAAAUUCGGUGUCGAGAAAGACAGGAUGGAUAAGGAUGCCGUGGGGCACAACUACGUGGCAGACGUGGCGCAGCACUCGUCCCAAACAGACGCAGCCAAGGGUUUCGGGGGUAAAUUCGGUGUACAGAAGGACCGUGUAGACCGGUCGGCUUUGGGUUAUGCGUAUAAAGGGGAAGUCGAGCAACACGCCUCUCAAAAAGAUUACUCUAAAGGCUUUGGAGGGAAGUUCGGCGUGCAGAAGGAGAGAGUGGAUAAGGCGGCUCUGGGAUACGAUUAUAAAGGAGAGACUGAGAAACACGAGUCUCAGAAAGAUUACUCUAAAGGCUUUGGAGGGAAGUUCGGCGUGCAGAAGGAGAGAGUGGAUAAGGCGGCUCUGGGAUACGAUUAUAAAGGAGAGACUGAGAAACACGAGUCUCAGAAGGAUUACUCUAAAGGCUUUGGAGGGAAGUUCGGCGUGCAGAAGGAGAGAGUGGAUAAGGCGGCUCUGGGAUACGAUUAUAAAGGAGAGACUGAGAAACACGAGUCUCAGAAAGACUACGCGAAAGGUUUCGGAGGACGUUAUGGGGUGCAGGCCGACCGCGUGGAUAAGAGCGCCGUCUCCUUCAAUCAGAUGGAGUCUCCCACGUCGUCCUACGAGAAAACCCAACCGCUCGAGGCCCUGAGCUCAGGAGCUGGCAAGCUGAAGUCCCGCUUUGAGAACAUGGCGAAGACGGCGGAGGAGGAGGACAGGAAGCGGGCGGAGGAGGAGAGAGUGAGGAGACAGGCACGAGAAAAGAGAGAAAAAGAGGAGGUGACAAAGAGACAAGAGGUGACCAGCAGUGAGUAUAAGGAGGAGAAACGGAGGCCGCCAGUCAUCCCUGAAGCUGUGAAACCGUCACAGGACUUCAGACCACUUCCUGAAGUCCCCAGAGACUCUCCUGACCCUGUGAUGGAUGAACCUCCUGAGAACGACUACGAUGAGCCCCCGUCACUGCCCCCCCGCUCUGGUGAUCUGUUAGAGGAGGACUCGGCUCCUCCUCCUCUUCCUCAAAGAAACAUUGAUGAAGCAGAAUACGAGGACCUGGGCGUGGCUCACUGCGGCGGGGAAGACGACUCGGCUCCUCCUCCUCUUCCUCACAGGAACAUCGAAGAAGCAGAAUACGAGGACCUGGGGUCGGCUCACUGCGGCGGCGAGGCAGACGACUCGGCUCCUCCUCCUCUUCCUCACAGAGACAUCGAUGAAGGAGAAUACGAGGACCUUGAAUCAGCUCAUACCCGUGCUACUGAGAAUGAUUAUGAGGCUAUAAACACAGGCGGCGGCAGCGGCAGCCAAUCAGCCCGGGCUCUGUACGACUACCAGGGCGAGGCGGAUGACGAGAUCUCCUUCGAGCCUGAUGACAUCAUCACUAACAUCGAGAUGGUGCACGAGGGCUGGUGGAAGGGAAGCUGUCACGGCCGCUUUGGCCUUUUCCCAGCAUCCUUUGUGCAGCUCAUGUAGACCAAACCCACACAACCGCUUCAUAUUUCUGUAGGAAUUACACACUGUCUGUCUUUGGUUUGUUCUCUUACUGACCAUAGGGUUGCCAGAUCUGUACAAAGAAAGCACAAAACCAAAACAGGACAUAAGGUGGAUUUAAUGAGUGAUGUAUUUGAUUUUAUCCUCACACACUCAGUCAGGUGUUGUGUGAGUGUGUGUGUGUGUGUGUGAGUGAGUGAUAAGCAGAUUUGCCAUAAACAGGAAGUCUGAAAGUUAUUCUCCUUUUUAUUAUUAUUAUUAGUAAACCUACUGCCUUUGACCUGGGAUGCACUUUGUUUUUUUUUUUUUUUUAAUGAGAGAAAAAAGUAUUGGCACCCGUCCCCCUGAACUGUGCAUCUCUGCAUCCUAGAACUCCUUACUGUGUGUGUGUGCGCAGAUUUGGCAACACAACCCAAACAAUCCAGUGCAAUAUGUAAGGAAUAAAUCGGCGUGUGUUGUGCUGUUACAGUUAAACAAUCAGUGAUGAAGCACGGCAGAGCUAACAGCUUUACCGAAAGCAGCAUGCCCGAAAGUGGUUCAUUCUUCUUAAAGCACAGCUGCAUGGUUACGUCAUAUUUUCUAUACGUUUAUAGUCAGGUUUCACCUUUAAGCAGUUACUUUCGUUCUCACGUAUGUUCCGUCUGCUACGUAUCAGAGCGAGCGCAUUGGCUACAUCAUACAAAUAUCAUGCUUUUAUACAAACACACCAGCUAAUUCCGACUGAAUCAGAAAGGGGGUGGAGUUUCGAGCAAUUUUCAAUCAGCUAAUUAUAAACCCAAUGAUCUGACGUCACAAGAUUGGUAGACCUAACAUGAACUAGCAUGCUAGUGAAUUUAGCUAGCUGCGAGCACAGUAACAUUAGCAAAGCUUACUAGCAUAGCUAAUGUGGCUGUUAUAUUAUACGACAUUCGUUAAUUCUUUGUUUAUGACUUACUAAUCUGGAGAACUAUGAAGGAAUAGUUAUGAACUAUUUAAGAACUAGUUAUGAUGUCAUGUUCGGUGUGUUAAACGUAAGCCCCGCCCCUUUAGUAAAAUCAGUGAGCUGUGUGUUGAGUCUGUGUGUGAGAUAUUGUGAUGUUUGAUAUGUCGGCGGUGUUUAACUGCUUGUGAUGCAAUAUUUUAUGUAGCUCAUUUAGGGUCACAAUGCUAACUUGCUACACUAUCAUGUACUGUAGCUACGGUCGCUCAGAAUCAUGUUGCUAGCUUAGGGUUUUAAUUUAGGGGUAAAACUAUUUUAGCUGAACAUCAUGUGCAAGAUAAUGUUUUUAAUUCAAUUUUAUUUGUAUAGCGCUUUUAACAAUUGUUUUACAUUUCUAUCACAAAAUAAACUGAAGCUUUAUCAGCAAAA